AGUCUCUGGAGACGCGAGUUUUGGCUACCAUCAAGUAGUGAGGGGGAGCCAGCUUCAAUAUAAAAACGAAAUUUGAAGUGACGAUCGUUACUUUCUUUCUCAGAUUUACUCAAGUCUUAGAAUGCCCCCCAAAGUAAGCGGAAAAGCUGCGAAGAAGGCCGGCAAGGCCCAGAAGAACAUUGCCAAAGGAGACAAGAAGAAGAAGCGCAAGAGGAAGGAGAGCUACGCCAUUUACAUCUACAAAGUUUUGAAGCAGGUCCACCCCGACACUGGCAUCUCCUCCAAAGCCAUGACCAUCAUGAACAGCUUCGUCAACGACAUUUUCGAGCGCAUCGCUGGAGAGUCGUCCCGUCUUGCCCACUACAACAAGCGUUCGACCAUCACUAGCCGGGAAAUCCAGACGGCCGUCCGUCUGCUCUUGCCCGGUGAGUUGGCCAAGCACGCCGUGUCUGAAGGCACCAAGGCAGUCACCAAGUACACCAGCACCAAGUAGAUUGUUCAUCUCGGUCCCUUCCAACCAAACGGCCCUUUUCAGGGCCACCAAAUUUUCAAGAAAAGAAAAAUAUCUAACUGCUUUUGACAUUUGUCUAGUCGAAUCCAAAACUCGACCCAAUUUGUGAGACGGAACGUUAUGAAUUGCUUUGUAUCUAGAGCUUAUACUUAUAGGCUCUUUUCACCAGUUUACUAUUCUACAGCAAUACUCAGCUGUAGUUCACGUUUGCCAGAUUUGAAACAAUGCGUUGAAUAGUGAAUACAGAGAAAAGGGGAUCACGAAAUUGGUCUCCGAAGCAAUAACGGAACUUUUUUACGUACUAAGCAAAUGUUAUAAAAAUGUUGUUAAAUACGAUGGGAAGUUAUUACAUAUUUUAGAUUCAGACAGACGAUUCGAUUAAAAGUAGAAGUUGAAUCUAAGCAAUUUUUAUCUAUGGCACAGCCAUUUCUUUCAUUUAAUUCAAAUAGUAAUCAAGAUAAGAAUCACCGACAGUGGCGAAAAACUGUUUCAGUAGCUAAGAGCAACUCCGAACAUUGACGAGAA